UUCCCGGCCCCGGUGCCGCGCAUGCGCGUCCUGCGCUGUCUGACCUUGCUUGGAGUCACCAUGUUGUCCCGCAGCAGCGUCCUCAUCUUCCAGCCACAAUGGGGUCAAGUCAGGAAUAUGGCGACUUUGAAAGACAUUACAAGACGUCUGAAGUCCAUCAAGAAUAUCCAGAAGAUUACAAAAUCCAUGAAGAUGGUUGCAGCAGCAAAAUACUCAAGAGCUGAGAGAGAGCUGAAGCCAGCUAGAAUUUAUGGCGUAGGAGCAUUAGCACUGUAUGAGAAAGCUGAAAUUAAGGCUCCCGAGGACAAGAAGAAUCACCUUAUAAUUGGAGUGUCCUCCGAUAGGGGCCUCUGCGGUGCUAUUCAUACCUCUGUGGCAAAAGCCAUUAAGCUUGAAAUCUCAACUCUGUCUGCAAGUGGAAAGAAAGUUAUGGUGGUUGGAAUUGGGGACAAGCUGAGAGGCCUGCUUCAAAGGACUCACGGUGGACACUUACUUCUGAACUUUAAGGAAGUUGGCAGGAAGCCUCCAACGUUUGGUGAUGCCUCUAUCAUUGCUUCAGAGCUGCUGAACUCUGGCUAUGAAUUUGACCAAGGAUCUGUGCUGUUCAAUAGAUUCAGGUCAGUCAUUUCUUACAAGACUGAAGAAAAGCCAAUCUUCUCUAUUGACACUGUUGCAAAUUCCGAAAGUAUCACUGUGUAUGAUGACAUUGAUGCAGAUGUGCUGAGAAAUUACCAGGAAUUUACUUUGGCAAACAUCAUCUACUACACAAUGAAAGAGGCCACUGCAAGUGAGCAGAGUGCCAGAAUGACCGCUAUGGACAAUGCCAGCAAGAAUGCUUCUGAAAUUAUUGACAAAUUGACAUUGACUUACAACCGUACGCGUCAAGCUGUCAUCACCAAGGAGCUUAUUGAGAUCAUCUCUGGUGCUGCUGCUCUGGGUUGAAAUUGAAACAAGUUUGAACCGCUGUCAACAGAUAAUGUAUGAACCUUUGGCUUGCCAGCUGUCUGUGGAUCUCCAGGCCUUAGAAAGGGUUGGUUCAUUUUAUGAAGAAAUCUGAUAUUUGUAAAUUAUAUUACAAUAAACUCCUUACGUGGAAAUGA